UUUGGAGCUCACCCCAACCCACCCUACACAGCUUAUCCAUAGCCCAUUCCUCAUCACAACCUCCAUUUCCCUCAACUUCACCCAUCAAUAAAGCCUUCUUUCCUUUUCACUCGUCCCGCUUUUAUUUCAGAUUCGAUAUGUCACGAAGAUACGAUUCUAGGACUACCAUCUUCUCCCCCGAAGGUCGCCUCUAUCAGGUCGAAUAUGCGCUUGAAGCAAUUUCGCACGCCGGCACGGCUCUAGGAAUUCUGGCCAAAGAUGGGAUCGUUCUUGCAGCGGAGAAGAAGGUCACUAGCAAGUUGCUAGAGCAAGAUACCUCUGCGGAGAAACUUUACACUCUGAAUGAUAACAUGAUCUGUGCAGUGGCAGGUAUGACGGCAGAUGCAAACAUCCUAAUCAACUACGCCCGACAAGCCGCCCAGCGUUAUCUUCUCACCUACAACGAAGAAAUCCCUUGCGAGCAACUGGUUCGCCGACUGUGUGAUCUGAAACAGGGAUAUACCCAGCAUGGUGGUCUUCGUCCAUUUGGUGUCUCGUUCAUCUACGCAGGUUACGACCCUCUUCGGGAAUUCCAGUUGUACCAGAGCAACCCCAGUGGUAACUACGGUGGCUGGAAAGCUACUAGCGUGGGAGCUAACAAUGCAAGUGCACAAAGUCUGCUCAAGCAAGAUUACAAGGAGGACUGUGACUUGAAGGAGGCCUGUGCCAUGGCCGUCAAGGUCUUGAGCAAGACUAUGGAUUCGACUAAGUUAAGUAGUGAGAAGAUCGAAUUCGCAACGGUGGGAAAGACUCAGGAAGGAAAGGUUUACCACCACUUGUGGAAUGCUGAUGAGAUUAAUGCUCUACUGAAGCAGCAUGGGCUUGCUAAAGUCGAUGAUGAGCCCGAGGCGGGCGACAUUAAAUGAUGAGAGAAUGUUCCUUAUUCAGUUACUCGAUCAAGAUAAUCCCAUACUGCUUCCUUUGAAAAUCUUCUAUCAAAUAUAGAAUUAAGAAAAAAAAAAAAGAAAAAAAUAGGGAAACGAAAAAGAAAAGAAAUCCGAAGCUCCGGUCCUGUACUGCCAUAUGAAGCGUAACUAAAGUUGUCC